UUCACUCUCUACAUAUUAAUUGUGCAUCUAAGGCUACAAGCAACAAAUAUUUUUGUGGAUGACGUUUGGUCGCAGAAGUUUCAUUUCGGUGAUUAUUAAUCGUUGGAUAGUUUUUAUUCCUUUUAAUUCUUUUCGAAGUUUCAUUCACAAUGGAGUGCGUAUUUCAUGAGAAGCAAGAAGGAUAUUUAUGUGCUCAGCAUUGCUUAAAUGCUCUCCUCCAGGGGCCUUAUUUUAAUGCAGUGGAUCUUGCUAAUCUUGCUCACCAAAUGGAUGAGGAAGAACGUAUUAGAAUGGCAGAAAGUGGAAUUGACAGUGAAGAUUACAAGCUAUUCUUAGAGCAACCAUCUGGUAAUAUGGAUGACAGUGGAUACUUUUCAGUACAAGUUAUUAGCAGUGCAUUAAAAGUUUGGGGCCUUGAGCUUAUACCAUACAACAGCACUGAACCCACAGCACUGAUGGCUCAAAAAGAUCCUUCACAAAUGAAUGCAUAUAUCUGUAAUUACAAAGGGCAUUGGUUUACUAUACGGAAACUGGGACAUCAGUGGUUCAAUUUAAAUUCAAUGCUGAGUGGGCCCCAGCUUAUAUCAGAUACAUACCUUGCUAUGUACUUGGCUCAGUUGCUACAAGAAGGCUACUCAAUCUUUGUUGUCAUUGGCACAUUUCCACAAUGCCCUGCUGAUGAUGUACUUCUGCGCAAUCCCAUAGUAACAACACUGAAAGCCAAGUCAAAUGCUGAAACUGCAGCAAAACCCAUUUAUACAGGAUAUCGAUUGGGUACUAACGAUGAAGAAGAAGCAAAAAUCCUCAAAACUGCAAUGGCUUUUGGACAGGUCCAAGUUCCAUAUUCAGCCAACAGUUUGGCAAGUUCAUCCAUACCAGGGCCGUCUCAUACUCAAAAUACAUUAUCAAGAAGUAACAUCACAAGAACUAAUACAGAUCCAGUGAUGGAGAGGCCUCGAGAACGCAUAAUACCUAUAAAAGUAGAAGGUCGUGAUCCUGAGGAUGAUGAUGAGGAUGCAGAAUUGCAAAGAGCUUUACAGCUGAGCUUGCAGGAUGGUAGUGAUGAUAUUGGCAAGUCUCUUAAACUGAGAUUGGAUCUAGAUACUGAUGAACAAAAUCCACACAUACCCAAUGCAUCAGAAUCUGCCGAUGAGGAUGAUGAGUUAAGAAAAGCCCUGCAAUUGAGCCUUGAAUGCGUAACAGCUCCAUCCACUCCAGAUCCAGAUGAUCUACGUUGGCGUCGAUUGGCUUAUUUAGGUGUACACAACAGAGCAUCAAAUAGUGAACCAUCACCAAAAUUGAAUACGUAACAGUAAUUAUUUUAUUCUUAUCAACAUUGAUAUUAAAACGAAUUUAAACUGUACAUUGUAUUUAACCAGUUAUUAAGGGGGAAGAAUGUUAUUUUAUAUACUAAUAUUAUUCAUCUAUGUUCUUAAUAAAAGUCUAAUUCACUUCGUGCUUAGUUCGUCGUGAGACUUGUACUCGUUCAUAAUUUAAUUCUAGUCAGAGUGACAACAAAAUAAUGUGAACCAGUAUAUUGUACUGGUCGCGCAAUUUCAUUGUUAUGAUGCCCUGGGCAUUCUGUACUGUUGUUCUGUCAAUAUUAUUCUGUGAACUUUUUCGCGCAUAUUGUACUUGCUACAAGAAAUAUUCCGUUUUUGAAUUUCAUAUGACACUGCACAAAUGUUCAAUACAAUAUAUAUACGACGUUGUUGUUACUUAAGAAUUGUAUAAUAAAUUAUGAUGGUUUAAGGGGUUACGUCACCCUGGACGCCCAAAGUGGAAGCGGAA